CCAGUUAACAGGACUGGCUUUCUUUAAAGGCAUUUUACAGAUUAUGUUUUGUAAUACAAGCAUAUUCUUGUGGUCCUAUCCACUAUGCCUAGUCUUCCUCCAAAAGACAUGCUAAUAAAUUAAUUUUUCUGCUUCUCAUUGUACUUGUUAUGUGUUGUAACUAAGAAAAUAGGGAAGGCAGUGAGAGAACCUAUGAGGUGACUCUGACUUCCAUUUCAGGGUCCUGGAAGGAGGAAGCAACAAUCCUAGCCAAGAGGUGGACAAAGGGAUUGGGGGUAUGAGUUGUUGGUUAGCAGAAGGAAAGAAGAAAGUGACUCACAAAAGAACAAAUUUUGGAAGCAAAUCACAGGUUAGAAGUUAAAUAAUGAGUACAAAGAGAUUCGCUUCUCACAAGACUCCUCUCUUGUGUCAUCUCUCCUGGGACAUUUGUCAUGUCCUCAAAGACGAAGCUUCAAAUAAUGCUGCUGAUGUUGAUCUCUUUUUUGGUAGUAACCUGGAUGACUUUUAUAAUUUUUCAGAACUUCACAAAGCUUUGGUCUGCUCUAAACUUAUCUAUCUCCUUCCAUUACUGGAACAACUCCACAAACUCCUUAUUCCCUAAAACACCACUGAUACCGUUAAAGUCACUAACAGAGACUGAACUGAGAAUAAAGGAAAUCAUGGAGAAACUAGACCAGCAGAUCCCACCCAGACCUUUUGACCACGUGAACACCACCACCAGUGCCGCACACAGCACAGCCAGCAUCCUCAACCCUCGAGACACGUACUGCAGGGGGGACCAGCUGGACAUCCUGCUGGAGAUGAGGGACCACUUGGGACACAGGAAGCAAUAUGGCGGAGAUUUCCUGAGGGCCAGGAUGUCCUCCCCAGCCCUGAUGGCAGGUGCUUCGGGAAAGGUGACUGACUUCAACAACGGCACCUACCUGAUCAGCUUCACUCUGUUCUGGGAGGGUCAGGUCUCCCUGUCUCUGCUGCUCAUCCACCCCAGUGAAGGAGUGUCAGCUCUCUGGAGGGCAAGGAACCAAGGCUAUAAUAAAAUUAUUUUCAGAGGUAAAUUUGUUAAUGGCACCUCUCAUGUCUUCACUGAAUGUGGCCUGACCCUAAACUCAAGUGCUGAACUCUGUGAAUAUCUGGAUAACAGAGACCAAGAAGCCUUCUACUGUGUGAAGCCCCAACACAUGCCCUGUGAGGCUCUGACCCACAUGACCACCCAGAAUAGAGAAGUGUCUUAUCUUACUGACAGGGAAAACAGCCUUUUCCACAGGUCCAAAGUAGGAGUUGAAAUUAUGAAGGACGGUAAACACAUUGAUGUCGCCAAAUGUAACAAGAGUGAAAAGAUAGAAGAGAAAUGCCAAGUUGGAAUGAAGCCUCCUGUCCCUGGUGGUUACACUUUACGAGGAAGGUGGAUAACAACAUUUUGCAACCAGAUUCAGUUUGACACAAUUAAGAUGAAUGACUGUCUGAAAGGCAAACUCAUCUACCUCCUGGGAGACUCUACGCUACGUCAGUGGAUCUACCACUUACCCAAAGUUGUAAAAACAUUGCAGUUUUUUGAUCUUCAUGAAACUGGACUUUUUAAGAAACAUUUGCUUCUGGAUGCAAAAAGACACACUCUGAUUCAAUGGAAAAAACAUAGCCUUCCUUUCCUCACUUUCCAGCUCUACUCUCUAAUAGAUCAUAAUUAUAUCCCUCGGGAAAUUGACCUGCUAUCAGGUGACAAAAACACAGCUGUCGUCAUCACCUUUGGCCAGCACUUCAGACCAUUUCCCAUUGAUGUUUUUAUUCGCAGGGCCAUUGGUGUCCGAAAGGCUAUUGAAAGACUGUUUCUAAGAAGCCAGACCACUAAAGUGAUUAUUAAGACAGAAAACAUCAGGGAGAUGCACAUAGAGACAGAGCGGUAUGGAGACUUCCAUGGUUAUAUUCAAUAUCUUAUCAUGAAGGAUAUUUUCAAAGACCUCAACGUGGGCAUCAUUGAUGCCUGGGACAUGACCAUUGCAUAUGGCACUAAUAAUGUCCACCCACCUGAUCAGGUGAUUGGAAAUCAGAUUAACAUGUUCUUAAACUACAUUUGCUAAGGGAUAAAUACCAUACAAAAUCACUAAGAACCAGUCUCUGCACAUAACCCCACAUGCAUUGUGAAGUAAAUUUUAUUCAUUUUAGGAACGAAGGAAAAUAAAUGUAAAAGAAUCUGUUUGGGGAGGAAGGAUAUAUAAGGACAAUUACAACCAAUAUUGGAUGCAAAAUCAAGAGAAUUGCACAUGAAAAAAUGACUAUACCGUGCUGGUUCUGGUGCUUGUUUAAAACAUUAAAAAAGUUUUAUAAAAGCUAUGUUGUUAAACUGA